CAACGGACGGACGUACGAAGCGCUCGCAGUCGAUAUGCGCGCCGGCUUCCGCGAGCAUGGAGGCGCUGGCCGCUCCUAUGGAGACGACGCCGGCGCCACGCCGCCGCCCCGCCACGCGCUCGCAGUCCGCGCGCAUCACCGGCGGCAGGUCCGUGCGCUACCGCCGGCAGCAGCAGCAGCAACAGCUGGAUAAGGAGACCCGUGCGCGGUACAGCUCUGAACCGAGACUGGCAGAAGUCGAGACUCCUCCUCAAGUGAGGCGUCAGGCGUCCGCUCGUCGUAGGCCUCCCGCCGGCGCCUCGACUGCUCCACGCCGCUCCAACGCUUUCCUCGACGUCCCUCGUCCCACAGCGCACCAGCCCGAAGAGGAACCAGACGAGGACUCGUACCGACUCCGCACCUUCAACAUCACACAGAAAGGAGGCAUAGUAAACCGGGGUGACUCGUUCCGCCGCCGGCGCUCUCGCUCAGGCAGCCUGGCCCCCUCAUCGCCAGCGUCGGCCCCUGAGACUCAGGAGCGGCGGCCGGUGGCCUGCCAUCGGGUGGCCAUGGUGGGCGCGCCCGGAGUCGGCAAGACCGCGCUCAUCAGCCAGUUCCAGACAAGCGAGUGCAUCAAUGCUUAUGACAGGCAGCGAGACAGCGACAGUUCAGAACAGAAGGUGUCCAUAUUAUUGAAUGGGGAAGAGUCGGAACUAUACUUCGUGAACUGCACAACCACAAAAGAGGAAAUAGAACGAUCCGAGCCUCCGGACGCAUUCGUGGUGAUAUACUCUGUGGUGGACAAGGCUUCGUUCCAGAAGGCUGAGCAGGAGCUCGCUCGGCUGCUGGACUGUGACAUGCUGCGAGCGAGGCCCGCACUCCUGGUUGCCAAUAAGAUCGACCUGGCCCGAAGCAGAGCCGUUUCUACUCAAGACGGCAAAUGCCUCGCGUGCACGUACAAGGCGAAAUUCAUCGAAGUAUCCGUCGGGAUCAACCAUAACGUCGACGAGCUCUUAGUCGGUAUCCUUACCCAAAUCCGGCUGAAGAAGCAGCAAUACUCAGCUGAAGGGGGAAGGGAAUCCUCCCCCGCGCAUUGGUAUAAGUCUAGAGGAGUGGUCAGAGCGAGCAUGAAGGCGCGACAGAUGCUGACUUGGAUAUUCGGCAAGGAAGAUUCGAAAUUCAAAAACUGUGAGAACUUAAAUGUCCUGUGAAAGCAAAACGACGGGCCCGUGUUCGUGUAAGCGGAGCCGAAACCGAAAGACAAUUGAAGUGUGUGUUCAGUGUUCGGGCGGUUUGUGGUAGUUGUAAGGAGAGUCAAGAUGGCCGGUCACUAGGUGUAUUCUCUUCUUAUCGUGUAGGUUAUGAGGUGGAAUACCAGCCCCUUCAACCUUGGUGUCAGGGUUAUGAUUGAGCCGCCAAAGACCCCUGACAUGGCUCAUGUAACGAUUACUCACUUACGAGUACAUCAGUAAAUAGUAACCGGGACCAACGGUUUAACGUGUCUUCCGAAGCACGGAUCAUCUUACUUUCGGACAAUCAGGUGAUCAGCCUGUAAUGUCCUAACCAAACUAGGGUUCACAAAGUGAUUUUUGUGAUAUAUCCCUACCGGGUAUCGAACUCGGGACCUCCGGAUCGUGAGCCCAACGCUCAACCACUGGACCACGCAGGCCGUUACUAGGUGUAUUUAAAGGUGAUGAAUCAUUUAUUUUU